AAAUUGAACUGGGGAUAAGAGGGUAUUUAUGGAGGGGGAGAACAGCCACGGAGGGCUACCUAAACUGUGUAGGAGGGAGGCUAUCUGUCCCAGUCGCCUGUUGUUCUUUCUGGUGUCUAUUGUGCAGCACAGCCAGCCACCAUGCCCACUGACGCUCAAAGCGACGCCCGCUCCUUCCUGACAGAGGAGAUGAUUGCCGAAUUCAAGGCUGCCUUCGACAUGUUUGACACUGAUGGUGGCGGUGACAUCAGCACCAAGGAGUUGGGUACAGUGAUGAGGAUGCUGGGCCAGAACCCAUCAAGAGAAGAGCUGGAUGCCAUCAUUGAGGAGGUUGAUGAAGAUGGCAGCGGCACCAUCGACUUUGAGGAGUUCCUGGUCAUGAUGGUGCAACAGUUAAAGGAAGACCAGGCUGGGAAAAGCGAAGAGGAGCUGUCGGAAUGCUUCCGUAUUUUUGACAAGAAUGGAGAUGGCUUUGUCGACCGUGAGGAAUUCGGAGAAAUCCUUCAUCUCACCGGUGAACCGGUCGCAGAGGAAGAUAUUGAUGAGAUGUUUGGUGAAUCCGACACAAACAAAGAUGGAAAGAUUGAUUUUGACGAGUUCUUGAAGAUGAUGGAGAAUGUCCAGUAAAAAGCCCAGCUCUACAUUCCUUCCUCUGACAAAACUGAAAGAAAAUAUAAAUCAUCUGCCCGGUUUCAGAGCCACCUCUGCUACAUCUACAAAACCCUGUAAAAUGAUGAAUGUGAUGUAGUUUUUUGACACCUAUAAAUAGACCUUCACUGCCUCCCUCCCCUUUGCCUUCUCAUCUGAGGGCCUCAAGAGCCUUCUGAGGAUAUCUAUGAAUAGAUGUUCAAACCUUUUAAGACGAAGGCACUUUCCUGUGGCCACCUCCUUGUGCCUGCCACCCAGCUGUCUUUUGGCAGCUGCUAUUUCUUCAAGAAAUGCUACACCGCCUAGCUUUAACCCCCACCCUCCACCUCCUCCUCCUCUUCCCUAAAAACUGAACCCCACUUCUCAACACUGUCAUGUGCUUUGAAAAUAAACCGAAAUUCUCGUUCCUCUUUGAAAAUUC